UCAUAACGACUAUGCUUCCUGUUCGUUUACUCUGACGCGAAUCGGGCUCUCACGAACCCAUCUCCACACGCCAGGUCAGUUUUCCAUCUCCAAACUAAUACACCCCGCGUCUCGUUUCGUCCGCGUCGACGCGGGGCCCUCUUCGGGGGCUCAACAUAACGAAUGUAGCAACUUACUUCCGGUUACUUUCAAGGCCUGAGAGACGGUCUUAACGAUGGACGAAAGCCAAUGGAGUCAAGCUAACUUCACGAGGACAAACUCAUCGCCACUAAUCGCCUCUCCGCCUCGUCCGACUCGCUGCACAAGCGACGGAAAGCACAAUUUUCAUCGCUCGGCGUCGGAGCUGAGCGCUCACACUGGCUAUGCAGGCGCGUCGUUCUAUGCUGAGAACAUGUUUGGCGGUGGGAAGAAGGGCGAGAGUCGUGGGGAGCGAGAAGGCGGCGCAGAUCAGAGCGGCAGCACCGGACGACGCUGGUCGAGUGGUGAAGAGGGAGAGAAUCAUGUCAGCAAUCAGUGUAUUGAGGAUCUGGAUGGUGAUUUUUCUGUGCUAGGCCUGCAAGACGAGCUCCAGACACCCAAUGAAGAGAUCAAACAACAGCUUGGUCUUCGAAGUAUUUGGAAUGCUGAAGACUCAGCUGAACAGUGGCCGGAAGGAUUUUCGUCCAUCUCCAACUCUAAUCACGCGACAUCUCAACCCAUCAUGAUGCGCAGACGAGCAAGCACAGGCAGUUUCAAUACGUCCGAUGUGUCCAACGUGGUGUCCCCUAAAUCAUCAGAUACGAGUGGAUUGGGUGUCAAACUAGCAGAGAUGGUGCUGGAGUCGUCACCACGAAGCAUGGAAAUGGAGCACAGAAUGGCACGACAUCGAGGCUUGGAAAUGGACUCUUUGGUUGUCGAUGGGCACAAACGUGGCGCCGGCGGUUCAUCUCGCUCGAACGGCGCAUCAGUCAUCACUCCCACAAUUUUGGUCGAGAGCUGCGAUAUAUCACCAAUCAAGAAAUCGAACAACGACACUCAGGACUCGCGGAUCGCCGGCGAGCAGAAGGACAUACUAAAUCAGCGAUCAGCGCCAUCGCCGCUAGAGAUGGUUGACAGCACGUUUUUCUCGAACACUCGUUCGAAUACGGUUGCGUUCACCGGCGAACAGAUCAUCACACACGCUGGCCCAGUCAACGUCAGUAAUAGUAUAUUCAAGGAGCCAUUGCUUAGCAACAGUGGGGCGGUUACUCAGCAUGGAGUUAUCGAUCAAAUGAGCAUGGAAGCGGCGGGAGUGAUGCGGCAGGCGCCGAUUGUGACGACGAGGUCGUACCAGUUUUCUCACGCUAAUGGUUACCGACGUGGUGGCGGUGGUACGAGGGUUGAUUUGAAUAUGAGCGACAUGCAGCAGUUGCAGCUGCGGGAUAACUGGCAGGGACACAUGAAGCAACCGGCGAUGCAUGGAGACGACAAACAGAUUCCGGUCGAUCACAUCGCCAUACAAGCCGUCCCGCAUCACUCGCUUCUCAUCCAGCAGCAGCAACAGCAGCACAUGGCGAUGGCCGUCCAACAGCAACAGAUGGCGACCGGAAUGGUUCCCGCGCCGACUGCAUUUGCGUCGACUCCGUACUACAUCCCGAGCGUCCCACCGAAUGAUCCGUACGGAACCGUCAUGGCGGCGCCAACGGCCGUCGUUCAUCCUCAGUUAGCGACAGCGUACGGCGUUCCACAGUGGAGUGUCAUUCCUGCGAAUCCAACAGCCGGUACGGCCGUCUACUUUCCUCCACAGCAGCAGCAGUUGAUGCGAGCGUCGCCCGCCGUGCAGCCAGCGAAUGGGCAUCUGGAUGGACCGCGAAUUCAAUCGGUAGGCGGAGGAGCCGUCACCGGUCCGGCGUAUCAGUUGAUUCCAGGAAGUAUUGUCGGUCCUCCGCAGCCGUAUUACGAUCAGUCGCAAACUGGGGUGCUAGUCACUGGUACGCACAUCCGACCCGCUGUGUCUGGAUCGGCAAUCGGUCCUCCUCCCGCUCAGCAAGUGCGGCUUGUCACGCCGUCAAUUUUCAACUCGUCGGCCGCGAUACAAACGGCUGGUCCUCUCGCCAACGCCGUGUCGGUUGCCGAUAUGAACACUCGCCUGUACGAUCAGAUGGGUCGGCCGCUCAUUCAGCCGCAGUCGGCGUUCAGUAGCACUACGCUCAGUCUCGCUCCUGGGAGUCAAUCUCCGAGUCCCGGCAUCGUUGCGUCGGGAAACGUCGGAAUCAUUGGCCAGGAAGUUAUGGGUGGCGAUCCAUCGCGUCAGUCGUUUAGUUCUGUCUUCGGUAACUCGGAUAUGGAGUCACCGGGUCCGGCAAGCCUUCACCUCAGCGAAGCAGCCGGCUUUGGAUCAACCGGGUCGCUUAACGGUUUCAGUCUGAGUCAAACGUUGGGUCAAUCGUCGUUCGCUCUUGGAGCUCCCGGAGACCGUAAACGCGGUCCGGCUAUUGGAACUCGUAGAAAGGACUUGCCAAUGCGAAGCCGGCUGCUUGAAGACUUUCGUAACAAUCGGUUGCCGACUCUACAGUUGAAGGACAUCACGACUCACAUUGUCGAGUUCUCUCAGGAUCAACACGGCUCUCGUUUUAUUCAACAGAAACUCGAACGGGCGACUCCGUCUGAGAAGCAGCUCGUCUUUCAAGAGAUUCUUCCCGCCGCAUAUCAACUGAUGACCGACGUGUUUGGUAACUAUGUUGUGCAGAAGUUUUUCGAGUUUGGAUCGGAAGAGCAGAAGGACGUUUUGGCUCAGAGAAUUAGAGGGCACGUGUUGCCGCUCGCGUUGCAGAUGUACGGCUGUCGGGUCAUUCAGAAAGCUUUGGAAUGUAUAUCACGGGACCAGCAGCACGAUCUCAUUCGCGAACUAGAUGGCCACGUUCUCAAAUGCGUCAAAGACCAAAACGGCAAUCACGUCGUCCAGAAGUGCAUCGAAUGCGUCGACCCCCCAGUUCUUCAGUUCAUCAUCAACGCUUUCCAGACACAAGUGUAUAUCUUGUCCACCCACCCGUACGGGUGUCGUGUCAUUCAACGUAUCUUGGAGCACUGCACACCACAACAGACGGCUCCAAUACUCGCCGAGUUGCACGAAGCAACCGAACGUCUCUUCACUGACCAAUAUGGUAAUUACGUUAUCCAGCAUGUGCUGGAGCACGGACAGGUCGAUGACAAGUCGCGAAUCAUCGCGAAAGUUGAGCAUCAAGUUCUUGUUCUAAGUCAACAUAAAUUUGCGAGCAACGUGAUCGAGAAAUGUGUGAUGUAUGGUAACCGAGCCGAGAAAGCCAUGUUGGUGGAUGAAGUCAUCAUGUGUAAUGACAGUGCUCUCUACACAAUGAUGAAAGAUCAAUAUGCCAACUACGUCGUUCAGAAAAUGCUUGACGUUGCCGAACCGAACCAACGCAAACAUCUCGUCCACAAAAUCCGUCCCCACAUCCCGACCCUCCGAAAGUACACCUACGGCAAGCACAUACUCGCAAAAAUGGAGAAGUACAUGCUAAAGGGCGGACUCGGAGCGCCGCCGACCGGCACAGUGUCCGACCUCGACCUGAUGGGUCGUCUCACUCUUGGUCCACUGUAGAUGAUUUCUAAUCGUUUGUUGCUGUCAGACACAUCAACUGGAUUAUUCUCAUCCAAUGAGUUUAUGACUCUUGUAUUGUAUCGAGGUGGUCUCAGUGAAUCACAGUAUGUUGUAAGUAGGGUUCUAUAGAUAGUGUAGAUCUUGUGUACCUCAUUGUUGUAUGCAUUGUAAAUGGGAGACCCCGGGCCAGUUGUAUAACGAGAGCUUGUAAGUAAGUUGUUGUUGCGAAUUUUUCUCUCUCUCUUUCUCAUUUUUUCGUGUACAUUUGUGUGUUCGAGCUCUCAUCGGUGGGACAUGUUUAUUUUACAUGUAUAUCUCUGUGUGCAUUUGCAAAGUGUAAUCUGUAUAUCGAUGUAAAGCGUUGCAGAAGCAGA